UCAACCCAAAGCUCUUUUAGCUUUUAAGAAUUUUAAUAUAGAACUUGUAAAUAUUACUUCAGUAAUGAUUCCAGCACACUUUUUGACCACAACCAGUGUCGAAGAUAAUUCUAAAGUUGCAGUGAUACUUGGUGGCAAUAAGAGUUCACCAUGUGGAGAAAAGGCUUUGCUAAUGGCCCCAAAAGUGAGGCUCAGUAGUGGUCACGAAAUGCCUGUCUUGGGAUUUGGAACUUACAAGCUUCGGGGAUACCAGUGCUCUAAAGCGGUUCAUUGUGCCAUUGAGACUGGUUUUCGACAUUUCGAUACUGCAUAUUAUUAUGAGAACGAGAAAGAGGUUGGGGAAGCUCUUCGCACUCAAGUUAAAAUGGGAAAUAUAUCCAGAGAGAAUAUAUUUUUGACAACCAAGCUAUGGAAUACUCACCAUGAUCCAAGAGAUGUCCGCCGUAUAUGCCAAAAACAACUUGAGUUGCUCGGCUUUAGUUACAUUGAUUUAUAUCUAAUGCAUUUUCCAGUGGGCUACAGACACGUGUGCGAUGAAAUUCUCAGGCCAAUGUCAGGUGAUCAAAUACAAACUGUUGAAAUCGACUAUUUAGAUACUUGGCGAGCAAUGGAAGAACUAGUUAAACUGGGAAUGGUUCGCAGUAUUGGGUUAUCAAACUUCAAUAUGGAACAGAUUCAACGGUUAAUUCAGUGUAGCUCAUCUAAGCCAGUAGUUAAUCAAGUUGAGAUCUGGCCAGGCUUUUUACAAAAGGAUUUGGUUGAUUAUUGCCGCUAUAACGGAAUUAUUGUGACAGCCUUUUCACCUCUUGGUCAACCAAACCGAGAAAAUCAUUGCCCAGUGUAUUUCUUUUCGGAAGGUAUGAAACGAUUAGUUAAGAAGUACAAGCGUUCUGCGGGACAAAUUGUCCUUAGAUAUUUGAUUGAUUACGGAGUAGUUCCAAUACCAAAAGCUGCAAACCCCUUACAUAUAAAAGAAAACUUAAAUAUUUUUGAUUUUAAACUAGAUGAUGCGGAUACUCGGUUACUGCGUGGUAUAAAACCUAAGGGCCGAAUAGUAAAAUACGAAAUUGUCAAAGAUCAUAUGUUCUACCCCUUUGAACUUUUAAAUGAAAACAGUGAAAAGUCUGAAACUAAAGUGGCUCAGAUUGAAGAAACGAAAUUGCCCUACAAUUUUAAUGAAGACGAUGAAGAAAAGGAAGAUAAUGCGAAUGAUGAAUGAAAAAUUAGCUUAAAUUAAAACUUGAAAAAUACAUAUAAGCAUGUAGUGAUAAGUCGAU